AUGGAUGAGCCCCGGCAGUCAAUGGAAUCCAAGACUGGAAUGGUGCCAAUGCGAGCUUCCUCGCCGUCACCAUCUAUACCAGCAACACCAGCUAUUUCCGCAUACUCCUCCCCGGACCGCACGUUCUCCUCCGAGUCAUCCCGCUCCACAUCCUCCGCCACCUCCGCAGAUGCCAGAUCAUCUGUCUCGACUUCGUCGCGCCGUCAUGGAUACACGCGGGCAUUGGGCGCCGAGUUCGCGGAAUCCGCCCGCCAUCGCGAUAGUGUCAUGAGCCUUGGCAGCAUUGCCCACCUUCAAUACUACUUUGCUCGGACGGGUCUACUGGACGGGAAGAGUGGGCGUGGUAAGGAGUGGGACAAGGACAAGAAAAAUAAGGACAAUGUGCCUCGAGUUCUGAUCACUCCCAACCAGCGGCACAUGGAUGACGACCUGGUCGCGAGCCCCUCGGACAUGACGGAUCCAGUGGAAGGCGAGUUCGAGGGCGAGGAGGGAGAGGUGAUGCUGCCGCCCACAGUUAGCACGUACAGCAUCAAAACGCACCAUAUCCCCCCUCCGCCAGACAUGAUCUCCUUGCGCCGGAAACUCAUGCUGGCGCUAGACAAGGCGGAAACUAACAUCGAAGCAAUUGAAAAUGGCGCGGAGCCUCCUCCUCGCGAACCUAUCCGGUCGAGCCUCGCUCCUGGUGACAUCCCCGAGUCACAAGAGGAUGAUCAAUCUGGACAGGUUCCGACCCCAAUGAACAAGGAAGAAGCACAAGGGAUGUGCAUUUUGGACGAUGUGACAAACGCAAUUCGAGCAGCCAAGAUUUAUUACACAACCCACGAGAACUCAGAGCGCCUGGCCUCAAUAAAGAGCGAACGCGAGAUUCGCAAAGAGCUUUUUGACGUCCUCGAAGUCCUGAAGAGGUGGGCUGCCCGGCAUUUUGCCAGUGGUUUGCGCGAUGAAGAGCGCGAGCGGAUUAAGGGAUGGAUUUGUGGCGUGCGUACCAUGAUAAUCCGCGAGAAAGCACUUGAAGACCUCGAGGCCCAGGAGAGACAAAAUUGGGACUGGGCCGCCGGGGAUUGGAGGGGUCGGGAGCGUUCACGCGAGGAGUCCUUUUUGCGCAGCCUCAUGCCUGGCGGUGACUCCUUGCCGUCCUGGGCCCCCAUUGGAGAGGCUGGGGACGACUCUCUACCAACCGCAUUUCUUGAACGUUUCCGAGACGGCCGCGUUUUGAUUCAGUUACACAACCUUGCCAUCAAGAAGUCGAAACGCCAAUUCGGCGAGAUUAAGGCAUACCAUUUGGACAUUGCCAAGCCGUACCGGCAGGCUGAAAAUCUUCGGUUCUGGGUGAAAGCUGCAGAGCUCCGUUGGGAGCUUCGCUUGGAGGUUGAUGUAAUGGGUGUUGUACAGAAUACCGGCACUGCUACUUGGGAGCAGUUUGAUGCUGCUCUGUUGUCUUGGUGCAAGACGGUCCGUGAAGAGUUGGUGCGAGACUGGCAAGAAGCCAAUCCUGGACGACCACCAAGUGCUGGGCUGAUUUGA